GUAAUUACUCUCUGUUGACAGGACUCACGCUUUACUGACGAAGUGGACCAAAAGACUGGUUAUACGACACGAAACAUGUUAUGUAACCCUAUUUUGGACAUUUAUGGCGGAGUGAUGGGAGUCGCGCAAGUGAUCAACAAAACAGGCACUCCUUGUUUCACAGAGAAAGACGAGAACGUCUUCGAACAAUACCUUCAGUUUUGUGGCAUUGGCCUCAAGAACGCAGAUCUCUAUGAAAGGUCACAGUUGGAGAAUAAAAGGAAUCAGGUGUUAUUAGAUUUGGCCAGGAUGGUUUUCGAGAAGCAAUCCAAUAUUGAAAAUAUCAUAUAUAGGAUUCUAUUACAUAUACAAUCACUUUUGCAAUGUUCAAGAUGUCAGGUAUUAUUAUUGGCGGAGAAUUCACAAGAGAAUGAUAUUAAUGAGGGAAACGAUAAUGAGUUGGAAUGCAAGUCAAACACAAACCAAACAAAAGAGAGUCAACUAAAUAUGAAAAACCAAAGCUUUUGCAGUUUUUCUCGUGUUUUCGAUCUCGAAGCUGAAGACUUGGGCGGAAGCGAUGAGUGCGAGACACGACUCAGUCCUUUCGAAGGCAGGUUUCCAAUCAAUAUAGGAAUUACUGGAUUUGUGGCCACAAGUGGACAGACACUCAAUAUUGCCGACGCCUACGAAGAUCCCAGAUUUGACCCCUCAGUAGAUAACGAUAAUCACAAAGCUUUUCGAACCAAACAAAUCCUAUGUAUGCCUAUUCGUAACGCUGAGCACCACAUCAUUGGCGUCUCUCAACUCAUCAAUAAACUUAAUGAAAGACCUUUUAAUAAAAAUGAUGAAAACUUGUUUGAAUGGCAAUUCUCUAUUUUGGGUACGUGCCACAAUAAACUGAAGGGCAAAUAG